UAUGUUUAUAAGGCAUAAUAAAAAAAAAAGUCUGGAAAUGUUCAAAAAGUAACAGCAAAUUCUCAAAACUUCAAUUAAUAGAUGUAGUUUUUUUCCUUUUAAAUUAAAAUGAAGUUAUUUAUUUUUUUUCAAUUACCUUUUUUAUACAUUUGGCCCGCAAGCUCAUUUGAGCAUCAAAUUUUGGCCCGGCAUCCAAAAACUUUGAGCACCCCUGCCCUACACUAUGCGCGUGGGUGUACUUAUUACGGAGUAAACAUGUGUUUUAGCUUACUUGCCUCAGUUGGUGGUAUUUUCAUAAAGUUAUUGUGCCUAAAGGAAUCCGAAAGUCUGUACGGCAUUCUGUGCCCCGUUUGCUGGACCAAAAUCCACGACUUCCAUCAAUUCUACACCGAGGUGGAGAGCAUCCACGCCAAACAUCCGCAACUGCCCCUGCAGCUACAGCCCGAUCAGUUUCUGGAGGUGAAGCAGGAGGAGCCACUGCAGGCGACGGUCUUUGUCGCCGAAGAUGUCGUCGUGAAGAGCGAGGGUGACGAGUCGAAUGAGGGUUCGAAAGCGGAAAGCGACGGAGAUGAUUUCGGAGGGGGAGGGGACAGUCCGAUGUUGAAGGAGGAAGAUUCUGAGGAUGAUGAUGAGCUGAAUGAAAGUUCCCAAGAGGAUGAUUCGGAGUAUGAGGAAGAACCGGUGCGGAAAAGGGGAAGAAAACCUGGUUCGGGUAAGAAGAAGGAAAAAAAGAAAACCGGGAAGCGAAGGGUAGGUCGACCGGUUCAAGGAUGGCAGAAGGACAUUCAGGAUGAGAGCUUCAUUGCGGAAACGGUCAAUCUGGUAUGUGACACUUGCAGCGAAAAGUUUGGAACGUUCGAAGAUCUGCAGCAGCACUCAACGGUGUUGCACGAUAAGCUGGCGUAUAUUUUCUGCUGUAAUCUCAAGUUUUCUCGCAAGCCACGGCUCGUCGAUCAUAUCCAGUUCCACCUCAACCCGUCCCAGUUUGCUUGCAAGAUCUGUUCGAAGCAGUUUGGCGAUCGGGAAGCGCUCAAGAGGCACAUGCGAUCGAUGCACGUGGACGAGGAGGAAAAGACGUUGCAGUGUAGCGUGUGUCCAAAGAGGUUCGCGCAGAAGCGAUUCCUGAACCUGCACGAAAAGUACCACCGCAAUCUGCAGGAAAAGAAGUUCCACUGCGAACCGUGCAAUCGCUACUUUGCGUACGCUUCUCUGCUCCGACACCACAACGAGGAAGUGCACGAGAAUAAACCGGACAAGUACGUGUGUCACAUCUGCGCCAAGAGCUACAACAUUUACACGUCGUACAAGUCGCACGUUGACUCCCACGACGAGGAAGCCAAGAAGGUCAAACAGUUGUCGAUGGAGCGGGUUCAGUGUACGGAUUGUAACGCUUGGGUUUAUCAGCGAGGUCUGCGCAAGCACAUGCUCCGUCACUCUGGAACUCAACGGUGCGACAUCUGCGGGCAGGAAUGUUCGAGCGUUAUGACUCUGAAAUAUCACAAGGCUCAGCAUCGCAAAGACGAUCUGACUUGCUCGGUGUGCGAGAAGGUGUUUAAGCGAAUGAUCAAUUUUAAGGAGCACAUGGCAUCGCACACCGGAGACGUACUGUACUCUUGUGAUUUCUGCGACAAAACGUUCAACUCGAAUGCGAAUCGAGCCUCGCAUCGGAAAAAGAUGCACCCGAAGGAGUGGCUCGAGGACAAGAUGAGGAAAAAUCCGAACCUGAUGCAGGAGCAGUUUCAGCAGCCGCAGCAGCAACAGCCAGCUUGAAGCUGGAUUGUCUAGAAUUGCAAUAAAUGUUUGUUUUGUACAGGA